AUCUAACUUCACAUUAUAUCUUUCGCGCCAAAAAACUUAGUGUAAAGUGUUGUGUUUAUUGUGUACAAAUUAAAAUUUGAAUUAUUAUUAUGGAUACUCAAGAUAUGGAUCAACAUUCAAGAGAUAUACAGAGGGAAUAUCUAGAUUUUCUUGAUGAUGAGACUGACCAAGGAAAGUAUUCUCAAUUAGUAAAAGAUAUGAUAUCAGAUAAGAGUUGUCGAUUAUUGGUGAAUAUCAACGAUUUACGUAGAAAAAAUUCAACAAGAGCUCUUUCAUUACUUAACAAUGCAUUCGAAGAACAAAUGGCUUUUCACAAAGCUCUUAAAGACUAUAUAUUGUCGGUUAAUCCGGAUUACGCCAAACAAAACGUGGAUUUUUUCAUCGCUUUCGAAGGGAGCUUCGGGAAUAAACACGUUACGCCUAGAACACUCACUUCUAGAUAUUUGGGUAACCUAGUUUGUGUGGAAGGGAUUGUUACUAAAUGCUCUUUAAUUCAUCCUAAAGUCGUGAGAAGCGUCCAUUAUUGUACGGCAACAAAAAAAAUUAUGGAAAGAAAGUAUUCAGAUAUGACUUCUUUGGACGCUAUACCCUCAUUAGCGGUGUAUCCUACGAAAGACGACGAGGGUAAUCCUCUUGAAACAGAAUUCGGUCUUUCGACUUAUAAAGAUCAUCAAACUAUAUCUAUUCAAGAAAUGCCUGAAAACGCCCCGGCGGGGCAACUACCGAGAUCUAUCGAUAUUAUCUGCGAUAACGAUUUAGUGGAUAAAUGUAAACCCGGCGACAGGAUACAAGUUGUCGGGAAUUUUAGAUGCUUGCCGAAUAAACAACAAAAUUUCACAAACGCUACUUUCAAGACGGUUGUUAUAGCUAACAACAUUUCUCAAUUGAGUAAAGAAGCGGCACCGUCGAUAACGAGGGAAGAUGUCGCUCGUUGUAAGCAACUUGCAAAAUCUAAUAAAAAUAUAUUUGAAUUAUUAGCGAAAUCGUUGGCUCCUUCUAUUCAUGGUCACGAAUAUAUAAAAAAAGCCGUGCUGUGUCUCCUAUUGGGUGGUGUUGAAAAAGUAUUACCAAACGGAACUAGACUUCGAGGUGAUAUAAAUAUACUCUUAAUAGGAGAUCCUAGCGUCGCUAAAUCUCAAUUACUGAGAUACGUUUUACACACCGCACCUAGAGCUAUUCCUACUACAGGUAGGGGAUCGUCUGGUGUGGGUUUGACUGCCGCCGUAACGACGGAUCAAGAGACCGGCGAAAGGAGAUUGGAAGCCGGGGCUAUGGUACUUGCCGAUCGCGGUGUCGUCUGCAUAGACGAAUUCGACAAAAUGAGCGAUCUCGAUAGAACCGCAAUACACGAAGUCAUGGAACAAGGUCGAGUUACGAUAGCUAAGGCGGGUAUACACGCUAGUUUGAACGCUAGAUGUUCGGUAUUAGCGGCCGCCAAUCCCGUCUACGGUAAAUAUGAUCAAUAUAAAACUCCAAUGGAAAAUAUAGGUCUGCAGGAUUCUUUACUUUCGCGUUUCGAUUGUCUAUUCGUAAUGUUGGAUACUGUUAACGCUGAUAAUGAUUUAUUGAUAUCCGAUCACGUAGUGAGAAUGCACAGAUACAGGAAUCCUCUAGAACAGGAUGGUGAAGUACUACCGAUGGGUUCGACAGUUGAUAUAUUAAGUACUAAAAAUCCGGACGAAGAUGACGAAAAAGAAGUACCGAUGUACGAGAAAUACGAUCCUUUAUUACAUGGAGCGAGUCGGAAACGUACCGAUAGAAUUUUGAGUGUGGAAUUUAUGAGGAAAUAUAUUUAUUUUGUGAAAAUUUUGAAACCUGCUUUGACAGAAGAAGCUUCCGAGAUUAUUGCUGAUGAAUAUUCGAGAUUGCGAUCAGAAGACGCUUUGGAAACCGAUCAGGCCAGGACGCAACCCGUGACGCCGCGUACCUUAGAAACGAUGAUCCGUUUGGCGACAGCUCACGCCAAAGCAAGAAUGUCGAGAACGAUCGAAGCCGAAGACGCAGACGCCGCCAUCGAACUAAUACGUUACGCUUAUUUCAAAAAAGUAUUAGAAAAAGAGAAGAAACGAAGAAGACGCGCCGAAGACGGUUCCGAAAACGAAGAAGAACAACGUCAGAAGCGACCUAGAAGAAGGAGAUCGGAUGCGAGCGAACAAUCGGACGAAGAAAUCAUUUCGACGCAAAGUUCGACUAGAAGUCGAUCUACGGUCCUAACUGGCGUACAACCGAUGGAAGGGGAAGAAGAAGAAGAAUACGUUGUUAACGGUAUAAACGGUCGCGUAGAAGAAAAUACUACUAUGGAAAUCGAUAAUAGCCCUAGGGAGAUAUCAGACAAUAGAUUUUCUACUUUCAAAAACGGUCUUUAUAAGGCGUUCAGGGAAAACGCGUCUCAAUCGUUGGGAUUGAACACUAUUAAAACGUUCGUUAAUAGUAAUAACCCCCAACCCUAUACGCAAGGAGAAAUCGACGCCGCCAUUGAAAAAAUGACCGACGACAAUCAGGUUAUGUUGGCCGACGGUAUUGUUUUCUUAGUGUAACUGUUAUCAAAUGUCGCAAGUCAUUGUUUUUCUCAGUGUAACUUUUACGAAUUCAAUUUUUAGCCGUCGUCUAUUGGGGGUAGUAGAGUUUAAUAUGAUGAGACCCCGUAUAUUUAUUUCACGUUUCGUCGAAUUUUUUUUUUUUGAGAAGACAUUUUUCUUGGUGUAACUUUUUUAUAUUUAAUUUUUAAUCGUCGUCUAUUGAAAAUAGUAACAAAGUAUCAAUUUUUAAAUGAGGGGACCUCGUAUAUUCUAUUUUUUUACAUUUUGUCGAUUUUUUCCGGUUACGUUACCAGACUCCUUUAUUUUUUUUAGUGUAACUUUUUCGAUUGAUAUUUUCGUCUGUCGUCUACUGAAAAUGGCGGUAAAAUUUCCAUAUUUAAAUGAGUAGACCCCGUAUAUUUUUUUUACAUUUUGUCGAUUUUUCUGGUUACAUUAUCAGACGCCAUUAUUUUUCUUAGUGUAACUCUUUUAUAUUUAAUUUUUAACUUUUUUUUCUCAAAUAGUGUCGAUUUUUUUAACAUGCCUCUAGACUAAAUGCAAAAAAUGACAGCCAAUCAUUAGGUUAUGAUAACGGACGUUAUCCUUUUUCUUAGUGUAAUUUCCGAUUGUAUUAUUUCCAUUUUUAAAUAAUGCGACCCCCGUAUAUAUAUUUUGUCGAUUUUUCCAGUUACGUUACGUUACCAGACUGCAUUAUUUUUCUUAGUGUGACUUUUUCGAAUAAAAUUUUCAACUGUCGCCUAUUGAAAAUUUCCAUUUUUAAAUAAGGAGACCCCGUAUUAUAGAAACAAUCGUUAUAUUAAGAAUUGUUUUUCUUCUUGCUAAUAUAAUUUGAGAUACCCUCGUAUAUUUCUAAUAUGUUUUCAACUUAAGUAAAGUUGUUGAUAACCCCGUAUAUAUUUUUUAUAAUGAACAUUAUAUAUUUUAAAACCGUUUUUAUACAAAAAAUUAUUCUCUAAAUCGUUUAAAAAUAAAAGUCAGCCAUAAUUUUUUUAAAUUUCGUAUUUUACAUUUAUAUAUAUAUUUUUUGAUAGAUAAAUACAGGUUGUACUCAAAAUUUUGAAAUUCGAUGUUUUUGGGCGUUUAAAUAAAAAUUUUGACCCCCAAAGCUGAAAACCAAAAAAAUAAAUACGAAAUUAAUUUUCUUUGUAGGAUAAUGUUAAUAAAAUAUUUUUUCAUUU